GACGAUCUUUGUGUGAGUGAGUCUGAACAGGUGCAUUGUGGGAGGCAGUCUCUGACGCCGUCCUGUUUAUUUCUUGACGUCUAAACGCCACUUUUCUCUCUAUAACGAAGCUAAAAUGCAGAACAAAGUCGACAUUAUAUAAAAUAUUAAUUUAAAAUAAACAUUUAACACCAGCAGUCGCCAGGACGGACUGUAACAUGGAGGCCGGUGAAGGUGUCAGCAGUGCCACGCCCACGGAGGAGAUGAACGGAGCUGGAAACUUGAUGGAUUUCCUGGACGAGCCUUUCCCUGACGUGGGCACGUAUGAAGACUUCCACACCAUCGACUGGCUGAGGGAGAAAUCCAGAGACACGGACCGCCACCGCAAGAUCACCAGUAAGAGUAAGGAGUCCUUCUGGGAGCUGAUCAAGAGCCUGCUGGACGCCUGGUCAGGAUGGGUGGUGAUGCUGCUCAUCGGACUCCUCUCAGGGACGCUGGCCGGAGUGAUCGACCUGGCGGUGGACUGGAUGACAGAUCUGAAGGAAGGUGUGUGUCUGUCGGCCUUCUGGUACAGCCACGAGCAGUGCUGCUGGACGUCCAACGAGACCACGUUCGACGACCGGGACAAGUGUCCUCAGUGGCAGAAGUGGGCCGAGCUGAUGACGGGCCACGCUGAGGGAGCGGGAGCCUACGUGUUGAACUACUUCCUGUACGUUCUGUGGGCUCUGCUGUUUUCCUUCCUGGCGGUGUCACUGGUGCGAGUGUUCGCUCCGUAUGCCUGCGGGUCAGGAAUCCCAGAGAUCAAGACAAUCCUGAGCGGCUUCAUCAUCCGGGGCUACCUGGGGAAAUGGACCCUGCUGAUCAAGACGGUCACCCUGGUUCUGGCGGUGUCGUCGGGUCUCAGCCUGGGGAAGGAGGGCCCUCUGGUCCACGUGGCCUGCUGCUGUGGAAACCUCUUCUGCAGCCUCUUCUCCAAGUACAGCAAGAACGAGGGCAAGCGCCGAGAGGUGCUAUCGGCCGCAGCAGCAGCUGGAGUGUCGGUGGCCUUCGGUGCACCGAUCGGAGGAGUUCUGUUCAGCCUGGAAGAGGUCAGUUACUACUUCCCUCUGAAGACUCUGUGGCGUUCGUUCUUCGCUGCCCUGGUCGCCGCCUUCACGCUGCGCUCCAUCAACCCGUUCGGCAACAGCCGCCUGGUGCUCUUCUACGUGGAGUACCACACGCCGUGGUACAUGGCUGAGCUGGUGCCGUUCAUCCUGCUGGGCGUGUUUGGCGGCCUCUGGGGGACCCUCUUCAUUCGGGCCAACAUCGCCUGGUGCCGUCGAAGGAAGACCACCCAGCUGGGGAAGUACCCGGUCCUGGAGGUCAUCGCCGUGACGGGUAUCACCGCCGUGCUGGCGUUUCCAAACCCGUAUACCCGUCGCAGCACCAGCGAGCUCAUCUCGGAGCUUUUCAACGACUGCGGCGCGCUGGAGUCGUCACAGCUGUGUGAUUAUAUCAAUAACCCCAACAUGAGUCGGCCGGUGGACGACAUCCCGGACCGACCGGCGGGGCCCGGGGUCUACAACGCCCUCUGGCAGCUCGCCCUCGCUCUCGUCUUUAAAAUUGUCAUCACCAUUUUCACCUUUGGCAUGAAGAUCCCGUCAGGUCUCUUCAUUCCCAGCAUGGCUGUUGGAGCUAUCGCAGGACGGAUCGUCGGGAUCGCCGUAGAGCAGAUGGCGUACCACCACCACGACUGGAUCAUCUUCAAGAACUGGUGCCGGCCCGGCGCUGACUGUGUCACACCGGGACUCUACGCCAUGGUGGGAGCCGCCGCCUGUCUGGGCGGGGUGACCAGGAUGACCGUCUCCCUGGUGGUCAUCAUGUUUGAGCUCACUGGCGGUUUGGAGUACAUCGUCCCCCUGAUGGCCGCCGCUGUCACCAGCAAGUGGGUGGCGGACGCCUUUGGGAAGGAGGGCAUCUACGAGUCUCACAUCCAGCUCAACGGCUACCCCUACCUGGACGUCAGGGACGAGUUCACCCACCGCACGUUGGCCACCGACGUGAUGCGGCCCCGCAGGAACGACCCCCCUCUGGCCGUCCUCACCCAGGACACCACCACGGUGGAGGACGUGGAGGCGCUGAUCAAAGACACCGAUUAUAACGGCUUCCCGGUGGUCGUUUCCAGAGAGUCGGAGAGGCUCAUCGGCUUCGUUCAGCGCCGGGAUCUCACCCUGGCCAUCAAAACCGCCCGUCAGAAGCAGGACGGCGUGGUGAGCAGCUCGGUGGUCUACUUCACCGAGGACGCGCCCCAGCUGCCAGCCAGCAACCCGCAGCCACUGAAGCUGCGACGCAUCCUGAACCUCAGCCCGUUCACCGUCACCGACCACACGCCCAUGGAGACGGUCGUGGACAUCUUCCGCAAGCUGGGCCUCCGCCAGUGUCUUGUCACCAGGAGCGGGCGUCUCCUGGGCAUCAUCACCAAGAAGGACGUCCUGCGACACAUGGCUCAAAUGAUGAACCAGGAUCCAGAGUCCAUCAUGUUCAAUUAGCAAAAGAGAGAGGAGCUUCACUCCGCUGACGUUGUAAAUAGGUGAGACCAG